AUGUCAAAGAAAUCUGGAUGUGCUCAAGAAGCUCCAGAUCGUGCCACGAUGGCGGCAAUCAAGCGCAAGUCAACAACCCCUACAACCCGCGAAGUGCAUAAGAAGUUCAGGAAAGAAAAUGAGGCAGUUCCACGGGUGAAGCAAGAAGAAAGUAGCACUGACUCUUCCUCGAGGAGUAACAAUGUCUGGGGCGGUGCAUCAGACGAGGGCCCUCUGGAUGAUUCUAAGAUUGCAGAGACAGCAUGGGAUUCUGAUCCACUAGUUGAAUCCGAUACAGCGUCAUCCAGUGGUGCAGGUGACGGUGCAAGCUGGCCGUCAGACGAUGAAGAGGACAGUGAAGGUCAAUUCGAAGGCCUGCCAGAUCGUGACAACGAUCCGAACGGUGGAGUCGCUUUAGUCGCGGAGGAACGUGAAGUGACCAAUGAAUCAAAGCCAAAAGUGCAGAAUGGGGCUUCAAGCUCGUCUCGGGAAUCUCACGCGAAGCAAAGAGAGACAGCCAAAGAACGGAAAGCUGCAAAACCUAACGCGGAUUCGAUAGCUAGGACGAAGAAGCUAUGGGAGAAACUGCGCAGGAAGUCCCACGUCCCUCAAGAGGAGCGCAAAGCUUUAGUCGCUGAGCUUUUUGACAUUAUAACCGGCCACAUCCACGAUUUUGUGUUCAAGCAUGACUCGGUCAGAGUCGUCCAGACUGCGGUGAAGUAUGGAAGGCCUGAGCAGAAGAGGAUGAUCGCACGUGAGCUCAAAGGUGACUUUAAGAGUUUGACCGAGAGCAAGUACGCCAAGUUCUUAGUAGGAAAAUUACUCUCAUAUGGUGAUGAGCAGAUCAGAGACAUGGUCAUUCCCGAAUUCUACGGGCACGUAAGGCAAAUGAUAAAGCAUCCUGAAGCAGCUUGGAUUCUCGACGAUGUUUAUCGGGCAGCGGCCACACCUGACCAGAAAGCCGCCCUUCUUAGAGAGUGGUACGGGCCCGAGUUCUCCUUGUUCAGAAAAACUGGGGACAAGAGCAUUACGGCAGACUUGAAAGCAAUCCUUGAAGGCAGCCCAGAGAAAAGAAAACCAAUCAUGCGAUAUCUCCAUGAGCUCAUUAAUCUACUCCUUCAGAAAAAGACUGCUGGCUUCACCAUUCUACAUGAUGCUAUGCUGCAAUACUAUGUUAACCUUCAGCAAGGGAGCGAGGAUUCUAAUGAGUUCAUCGAAUUAUUGAAAGGGGACGAGGAAGGCGAUCUGCUAAAGAAUCUUGCUUUUACAAAGCCGGGCGCUGAUCUAGUUUGUCUUGCGCUGGCAUACACGAAUGCCAAAGAUCGUAAACUCAUCCUCAGGAGCUACCGAAAAACCAUCCAAAUGAUGGCAUAUGAUAAUUACGCACACAAGGUCCUACUCACAGCAUUUGAUGUUAUCGAUGACACAGUUCUCACGUCUAAAGUCAUUCUGCCGGAACUGUUAGGCGCCGACGAAAAGAUCGAAUUACAUGCGGAUACUGUAUUUGACGCGAUGAAGCACGGCAAUGCUCGUAUUCCGUUAUUAUAUGUCUUCGCAGGCCGAUCUAGAAAUCUCAUCCCUCCCACUAGUCAUACCUCCACUCUCGACGUAGUUGAUAAAAUACAGGAUAUUCGGAAAACGACUUCCAGAAAAGAUCCAGAGGCCCGACGGUCUGAGCUUGUGAAGUUCUUCUCGCCUCCUUUGCUGCGUUUGAUCGCCGAUCAGGCUCCAGAAGCAGUGACCAGUACGUAUGGCUGCCAAUUUAUCUCAGAAAUAUUGCUCGCAAAUCCGCAGUGCAAUCCUACCGACCGAGAGAGGGCGCUCGGGGCUUUGGUUAAUCUCACGAAUUCCGCCGAAACACGCGAAUUGCUCAAACAGCCGUCCGCUCGACGAAUGCUUCGAAACCUGGUUCAAGGAGGCCAUUACAAUCCGCAAAGUUGCACAGUGGAUUAUCUAGACCCGCCACUAGGGUUUGAUGAACAGCUCUACCAGGCGAUACGUAAUGAGAUUACAGAGUGGGCUGUGAGCGAAAACUCCUUUGUUGUAGUCGCAAUGCUUGAGUCAGCGAGUUUCAAGCACAGAAAAGAAUUGAAGGAAUUGCUAAGCGCAGACAAGGAGAGAAUUGAAGAUGCAGCGAGAGCGCAAGUGGUCUCCAAGACAAACGGGAAGGUUCAGAGUACAAAAAAGAAGAAACCUGGGGAGAAAGGUAAUGGUGGUGCCAAAAUCCUACUGCAGUUGCUCAAUGAGUGA